UGCAAAAAAAUAGCAAGAAGAAGAAGUGGUGGCGCAACAUAGUUAAGCUAGCAGAGACUGUAGGGUUAGUUCCUGACAGCUUUUCUCAUCCAGUGUAACGCUACAGCUUAGCUUGGUUUAAUAUUCACCAUGGUUUUCUUAUGACAUCCUUCAAAUCCAGCGCACUAUGUUUGAGGAUCCUGAACUCCAAGAUCCGUUGUCGCUGAGUUUAAAUGAAAAUUAUGAUGAUCAGAAUUCGCCACAUGAUUCAAAAAAAACACCGACAAGCCCCGACUAUAACUGUGAGACACCAGAGAUUCAAGUAAUCAUCAAAGAGGAGGAGGAAGGCUGGACUGUGAGUGAAAAUCAUGAGGGCUUCAGCUCAGAGGGAGAAAAAGAGGACACACACACUUGUCAUCCGCACCUCAAAGCAUGCGGGAAGGAGACCUCUGUUACUUAUGGAAUAAAGAGACAUGAGAGAGUACAUUUGGUGGAGAAAUGCUCAGAGGAGUCUGGUGGCCCAACUCUGUAUGGGCAGAGCUCCUCUGCCAUAGAGGAGCGACAGAGAGACAUGCUCAUGGACUCUGAUGAGAAACCUAAGAUUUCCUACAUAUGUGGAAAAACGCCGGGAAAUGUGUCUGUGUAUCCGUGCAAUAACACAAUACGUGAGAUGACCCCCAGUCACAAAAGGAACGUGAAAUCGCAUCAGAGAACGCAUGCAGCGGAUGAGUGUUUUCCUCAAGACGAGAGCCUAGACGUGAAACAAAGCACAUCUUUCCCAGCAGAGGGAGAACUACAUGAGGCCAAAAGAUCAUCACCUUGCCAAACAGAUUCUCCUGAAUGUAAGCCCCUGAUAUCACAUGGACUCAAGAUGGCAUCGCCAAACUUGGAGGACCAAACACUUCAUUUGACUGUCAGACUGCAGGCAGGCGAGGAGGAGGGGGAGGAGGAACGAGAGGUGGAACAAGAUGAAGAAAUUGGUGGUUUAAUCAACUCUGAUGGAGAAGUGGUUGAAUGGGAUGCCAGGGACAGUCCCGACCAAGGCUCUGAUUGCACAGAAAGUCCUCAGCCUAGCAAGGGUCCUGUACUGUCAGAGUCUCAGCUGCAAGGCCAAAACCGGAGAGACAGCGGCAGUCCGACGCUGAUCAUGGAAGUUGAGAAUGUGGGAGAAGAUGAAGACAGAGAGGAAGGGGAGGAAAAAGAGAGAGUCACAGAGAUGUCAGAUGUCUCGUCCUUAUGUCGUGGAAAAAGACUGAGAAGAAAGAAGAAGGUUCCAGAGAUAACUGUAGUCUCAUUGGACGUCUCAGACACAGAGAAAGAAGUCCCUGCAACUCCUGUAAAAAGAAGGGGCAGAAGAAAGAUUUCAGAAGCUCCACCGGUGUCAGCUGAAGAUUUAGAGGCAGAGUCAGGAAUACCCAGACGUACCCGAAGAAAGAGAAAUGUCCCUACCACAGUGGCAACAGAAGAAUUAAACUCAAAAGCUGCCCGUCGUGUUGCUGCAAAGCGACCUUACAGACGGAGGAAAGAUACCAAACCCUCUGCUGAAGGAGAGGGAGAAAACGCAGGUGUUUCUGCUGGAAAGAGACGCCCUGGCAGAAAAAUGGUCCGUGUUCCAAUAGAAAUCCCUCCCGAGCUCCUGAAGAAGCCCAAAGAGAAGAUAGAGUACCACUGCUCAGUGUGUGGCAAAGAAUUCCCUCAUGCCUACAAACUAGAGAGGCACGAGCUGAUCCACACGGGAGAGAAACCUUACUGCUGCUCCAUCUGUGGUCGUGGCUUCAACCAGAAGGGAAAUCUCAAAACGCACUACAAAGUCCACUUUGGUCGUAAGAGUGCUGUGGAUUCUGACGACGAGGUGAGUCCCAUAGCGUCAGAACUCUCUGAAUACUUGAAGUCUCUGCCGGGGGAGUCCAGGAUCAGAUCGUCCCUCCACUGCCUGGAAUGUGGAAAAAAAUGUGAGAGUCAGUCUGCUUUACAAGCGCACCACAUUACGACUCACACAGAAACAGCUGGCGAUUCAGAGGCAGUCGAGAACAGCUCAUCGCAGCUUUUCUUCUGCCGCCGCUGUGGCGUUCAGUUCAGCGAAAAAGGAAAGCUGGAAGAACAUAUGAAAACCCACAUCAAGGAGAAGCCCUACUCAUGUCCCGACUGUGGCAAGAGGUUCAUCAACGAGAGCUACAUACAAAUCCACCAGCGCAUCCAUACUGGUGAGAAACCUUUCCUCUGCUCGCAGUGCGGCAGAGGUUUCCACACGGCUUCCUCUCUCAAGCUGCACGAGAUGCAGCACUCCGGGGAGAGGCCAUUCGCGUGCUCCAUCUGUGGCAAGACGUUUCGGAUAAACUCGUACCUAACGGCGCAUUACCAGACCCACAUUAAAGACCGACCUUUCAUUUGUAGUGUGUGUGGGAAAGGCUACUCCAGAGCUGAGGAACUGAAGGUGCACCACAGGCUUCACACUGGAGAGAGACCCUACGAGUGUGGACAGUGUGGGAAGAGCUUCAUCUACCGCCAGGGUCUGAGGCAGCAUCAGCGCACACAUGCUGGAAGACGCAUCGGGCCGACCAGACAGCUUGGUAGACCGAAGCAGGAGGCCAGACUGGACAUCUAACAGUUGAUCUUUUGAUGCAGUUUUUUUUGUUGUUAACUGUGUUUGAAGAUAUUGCGGUAAAUAGCACUUCUUUCGUGAUCUUCUUCCUUCCAUUCCUUCCACCUUCAGCAGAGACAAUUACUGUGUCUGACAAUAUGUGCUGCAGAGCCUGUGUGGAUUGCCAAGAAUAAUUCGAAAGCUUACUGUGUUGUCUUUAUUGUAUUCAUGUUUUGUACCCAUGUUUUUAUGUUCACUCUUCUCUAGUAGCCCAUCUGUACAAUUUGAGUGCCUUUGUAUCCUGCAUGCCAAAUACUAAUAUUUAAUGUUAAAAAAUUAUGCACAAUAUCCUUGUUAUUUUAAAAUCCAUGUUAAUGGAAUACAGAAAUUUUUCAGAAACAUGUCUGGGGCUUUUCUACAUUUGAAAUCAUUUGUUCCUACUUUAUGAAACUUGUGCCUGGUCCUUUGACUCCAGCAGUCAUAGAUGAAUGAAGGAAGUUACUUGUUGCUGCUGUGGUAAUCAAUCCAAACUCUUGCCAGUGUGAAAUCGUCAUCCCCGGUAUUCUUUAGAGAUGGCUGUCACAAAUUGAGAGUUUACUUCUCAGAGAACAAUCUCAACUUGAACCAGCAUCUUGUGUUCUACAUAUUUUAUAACAAUAAUUAAACUCAGUGGAUGCA